AUGUACGAACCACAUCUUCGUCAACAGUCGAUUGAUGAUGGCCAUGAUGAUUCACGUCAUGACAAACCAUCAGAGCAGCAGAACUCACGUACUACUUCACGAACAACAGUUCACUGGAAAUCUUCGAGAGACGAAGAUAAUCCUAGUCUGAAACAGCAAAUCAAUACGAAUACUGAUCAUUUCGAUGCAUUAUUUGCGCGUUCGAACGCAUCGUCCCCACCGUCUCCCCAUCCGCGUUGCUACAGUUCAACGACACCUGCUACCGUUCCAUUUCAAUUGUUCACUGAUGAAUCACCACAUCACUAUGCAAAAUCUCAACCGCAUCUAACGUCCUCACCGACGCGCUCAGUUCGAUUACUCGACGAUCGUCGACAAUCGAAUUCUUCGUCAAGCAAAAGUCAACAAUCAAGUACAACUCUAUCGCCGACGGUUGUGCACACAAAACGAAAAACGUUUUUCUUAACUCAUGCUGCACAAGUAUUUCUUCAAUCGUCCAAUUCCCAAAGCGAACAGUUAGAACCAUUAGCACGAUCGUGUUCUUAUAAACGUCCUCAAUCGAUAAAAAAAUAUCGACAGAAGAAAGAACAAGCAAGAGAAAAAGAAAGAGAAAGAGAACAGAAAGAAUAUUCUUGUGCACGCAAAUAUAGCACAUAUAACAAUAACAUUCUUCACACAGUCGCUUCCGAUUCUGCACGCAAAUCAGUUGGCGGUGUACCAUCCAGAAUCUCAGCAACAGAUCUCAUGGCAACUGCCGAUCCUCAUGAUCAAUGGUCAAGUCCCAAAACACUUCGAUCGGGACGAGUUGGCUCAUUGCCAUUGGAUCAAUUACAAUUACCUCUCGAUGGUGAUGAGGAAAUCUAUCGUGUACGACAAUUCCAUACAACGUCAAAAGGAUUUGUUAACCGAGGUGAUUCAUUCAAACGUUCGUUCAAACGAAGUGGUUCGACCAGUCGUCGCAAUUCGUUUCGUAAAGGUGAUCGAACGCCGUCUCAAGAACGUGUUAGUGAUUCGAAUCAAUUAAAUGCUGAAACGCGUAUUAGCUCAAAUUCAUUAUCCAACACUAAUGUCACACCAGCCGGACCUAAUCUCAAUGGAAUACUUGAUAAUCAUUUUGUUGAUUCAACGAUCGAAACUACCAUCUCAUCAACACCAGCUGUCAAUGAUGAAGUUGAUGACGAGAAUGAAAAUCCACUUGUUGAACGCAUUGAAACUGAAGAUGGUCAUGUGCAAGACAUACAUGUCUAUCAAGUUUACCUUCUUGGAAUGAGUGGAACAGGCAAAUGUUCACUCUUAAGACAGUUCAAAACAACGGAAUAUCGAGGAAUUUAUGAAUAUUCAGGCUCAAUUGAAGAUGACCCCGAUAAUACAGUAUCGAUUAUGUUGGAUGGAGUUGAAUCUCGUUUACAUAUCAUCAAUAUCGAUGUCGAUCUCAUCAAAUGCAGUAUUACAGGUGAUGCCUAUGUCGUCGUGUAUUCAAUAACCGAUCGUCAAUCGUUUCAAACAGCUAUUCAACUGAUAAAGAAUAUUCGCGAAAAAGAACAGACGGAUAAUUCGUCAUCGGCAAUAAAACGUCAUACGCCUAUUAUUCUCGUUGGUAAUAAAUCUGAUCUUGUACGUAAACGUGCUGUUACUAAAGAAACUGCUCGUCUUGCAGCCUUUCGACAUGACUGUAAAUUUGUUGAAACAUCGGCUGCUAUCAACGAUAAAGUCGAUGACUUGCUUGCUGGAACGUUAACUCAAAUACGUCUUAGUGAACAAAAACGUCUGGAACAAAGACGUCGAUUAACAGUUACAAACGGUAUAAUCGAUGUAACAGACUUCGAUGCCGAGCAAUUGAUGCAAGCAAGCGUACGAAAGAACUCUACAGUACAAAGUCGUAAUUCGAAAAAUGUCUUUUCCAAAUUCUUCAGCGUGUUUCGCAAGAAACCCGCACGAUUACCAGCCGAUGUCGAGAAUCUCAACACUGACGUUCACUAG